AUGGAACCUCCAUCUUCUACAGCCGUUGCAGUCGACACUGCCAUGUCCGAGAUCACUCUUACCAACACCCUCACAUCCCCUCUCCUCCGCCUCCCCGCUGAGUUGCGCAACAAGAUCUACACCUACGUAGGCCACUCGGAACAGAUCCACAUCGCCGCGACCAUUACCAAUGCAAGCCCUGACGAUCCAACAUCCAUAUUCACCAUGCAAUUCCACCUGCCGGGGCUCCUCUCCACCUGCCAACAAACUCGCCACGAAGCUACCGCACUCGUAUACGCCCAAACUACUAUCGACACCCUCCCCGGCGACGCGUGGUACUUGCUAUACUCGAAACACUCACACAGCCUCUGCGCCUACAUAACUUCCCUCCGAAUCAGCGAGGUCUUCCUUGACCUCAUGGAACAGGAGGUUGAUAAGCGCGAGACAAACUCACAAGCUACCAAAGCGUGUACCUUGCACUUACCGCGCUUGGAGCGUGUGUGCGUCACGUUCAGGAAUUGGCCAUUUGGCCACUAUCAGGGCGAUUCGACAAAGGAAGCGAUAAGGAAGUGGUUUGGGGAUGAUGAGUUGGAUGUGGUGGUUGAGGAGAGGUUGGGUGAGAAGUAUUUUCCGUCAAAGGAGCUGUUGGUCAGACAUUGGACGUUUAUGGAAAGAGGGUGA